AAUUACGAAUGCGCGAUUGAUUGCGAAGGACAGCUUCUCUCGUGUGCAGGAGAGAGAGAGAGAGAGAGAUCUAUCGUUCUAUCGUUCUAUUUGGGGCCGAUCUCUCUAAUCCGAACUCUUCAAGUCCCUUUACUUGAAAAAUGGGGCUGUCUUUCACCAAGCUUUUCAGCCGGCUCUUUGCCAAGAAGGAGAUGCGAAUUCUCAUGGUGGGUCUCGACGCAGCUGGUAAGACAACGAUCCUUUACAAGCUCAAGCUGGGAGAAAUUGUCACCACCAUUCCUACCAUUGGUUUUAAUGUUGAGACUGUGGAAUACAAGAACAUCAGCUUCACUGUCUGGGAUGUUGGGGGUCAAGACAAGAUCCGACCAUUGUGGAGGCACUAUUUCCAAAACACCCAAGGACUUAUUUUUGUGGUGGAUAGCAACGACAGGGACCGUGUUGUUGAAGCUAGGGAUGAGCUGCACAGAAUGUUGAAUGAGGAUGAGCUGAGGGAUGCAGUGCUUUUGGUAUUUGCCAACAAGCAAGAUCUUCCCAAUGCCAUGAAUGCUGCUGAGAUCACCGAUAAGCUUGGUCUUCACUCCCUCCGACAACGUCACUGGUACAUCCAGAGCACAUGUGCCACAUCCGGUGAAGGGUUGUAUGAAGGACUUGACUGGCUCUCAAACAAUAUUGCCAACAAGGGAUAGAUGGGUUUCAUUUGAAGUGGGAUUGCUUCUGGAAAUUGAAAUGAAAGUCAUUUUUGUUGGUUGCAGUCCCUGUGAUCUAUAAGGAUGUUCCGGGUGGAUGAUUCCUAGGUUGGGUUUGAAUUCUGAAUAAUGAAAGAAAUUUUUGAAGUAUUUUGUGGUGUUAUCGACUCAAUAGCAUUGUUUUUAUGUAAUGAAUUAAUGAUGCUUCCUAAAUAGAUGUGGAUGUAUUUGUACGAGAAUCAUGUUUGCUAUUUGAAAUGGAUUUUGCUGAAAAGAAA